AUCUUCAAAACAAAUGUGUGUUCGCGAUUGAUCAGCCGGUUGUUAAUUUUUUUAUCAAUUUUCAAGUGCAAUUGUGGUGUAAAUUGUUGGAAAAGGAUUACUGCUAUCUUAAGAUGCCGGUUUACAUAAGAAAUCCCAACGCCGAAGGCGACAUCGAGGAAUGGUGCAUCGUGGAGCUGCAGGGUGACCUGGAGGUUCGGGGCGACCGUAUGAUGGACGGCCAGUUUAUUGGCGAUCUGCUGUACAACAAAUACGGCCAACCGAUCCUCAUCAUCGGUCACCACAUCCUGCAGGGCCGCUGUCAGAAGAUCGACAAACCGCUGCUGGUCAUGGAAAAGUGUUCCACCCGGGGCAAACAACAACAACAACAGAGAACUCAGGACGACGACGAGGACAACGAAACCAUGCUGGACGUGAGCCAGGUCAGCCACCUGGACAGUUCGAUCGCGUCCUCCAACCGAACCGUGCUCGACUCUACGGUGGCGGUGGAGCACAAAACCGUCCCCAAGACGGAGUACCUGGUGCGGGCGGUCGUUCGGCAAAAGGUUCUUUUUAAGGCGCGGCCAAAGCCAAUCAUUGCGAACGUAGCUAAGAGUGUGUGA